CAUUAAAAGAAAGAGAGAAAAUAAAAAAGUUGCUGUGGUUUCCUUAUUCCCCACGCUUAUUUAUUUAUUGUGUUGGUCUCCUUAUCUGCUUAUUUUAGUCACGUGUUACGGCUAAGAGCCACAUCAUUGCUGACUUCUCUACAAUCCAUCCGUACAUAGAUUUUUUUGUCAACGAAUCUGUUAUCUAACCAGCGAUUUAAUUGAUUAGUCGUUAAUCAAUUCACCAUAUAUUGAAUUCAAACUUCUUUUUCUAUUUCAAAAAUAGUUCCGUCCACACGAACGCCGCGUACAAUCGGUUCUAAAUAUGGUUUUUUAUUUGAACCGUAUAAAAAAUUUAUUACAUAAAUUGAAUGUGAAGAUUUUAUUUUGAAAUUUUAUGUUGCGUACCUUCUAGUUGGGUAAGUUGACAAUUAAAUAGACUUUUUUUUUUUUGUAACACAAUUAAAUAGACUUUGUAGGUCAAUUUUACAGAGUAGAUAGAUAAGAAGAAAGACCAUUUAUACAAACGCACAUCCACGUAUAAUACAAACAACUGUACAAUGCAGUCAUCUAAAAUAACCAUACCAAUCGUAUUCACACGUUGAGUAAAAAGAAAAUUAAAAACUGGUUGUGCAAUCCCUUUUCUCAACAAUAAUAACAAUAGAAGAAAUUUUAUCAACGAAAAUUCCAGUAACUAAAUAUAUGAUCAGUUUGAUCACUUUUUACAUUUUUCUCUUGAUCUUACAAAAUUAAGCAAUAUUGUCUAAAUUAACUUGUUUAGGUUAGUCAAAAUAUUCUGUGACUUUAAUAGAAAGGUGCAUGCAUAUCAUAAAUACGUGUAAGACAAGAGUCAACUAACAAGCUAAGCAUACGCGUCAGCAACCGGUUUGAGAAAAGACAAAACCGCAACUGGUUUUUGUCUCUUCCUUUUUGUUCGGCCGGUUCGGUAAUAUAGCUUACGACUUACGUCCCCAUCUUGGUCUAUUUAUAUCCUCUCUGUAACAUACUCUGUCUCUACGCGUCCUCUCUCUAUCUCUUAGUUGUCAAUUACUCUCUCUCAAGCGAUCAGAAUUCAAGUUUUGUUUUCCGAAGUUUUUAACCUAAAGACUCGAAAGAAAAACUCAAAUGGGUCUUUGUGUAUCUGUUGGUCGUAGCGACUGCGAUUCUUCUCCGGCGGCUAAAAUCGUGACGGUUAACGGCGAUCUCCGGGAAUACAAUGUCCCGGUGUUAGCUUCACAGGUUCUUGAAGCAGAAUCAAUGGCUUCUUCGUCUUCCUCUCGGCCUUCCUCUUAUUUUCUAUGUAAUUCAGAUUCUCUCUAUUACGAUGACUUCAUACCGGCGAUAGAGCCGGAGGAGAUUCUUCAGGCGGAUCAAAUAUAUUUCGUUCUCCCUGUCUCCAAACGUCAGUACCGUCUCACGGCGUCCGACAUGGCGGCUCUCGCGGUGAAAGCCAGCGUCGCGAUGGAGAAAGCUGCGAAGAAUAAAAAUCGCCGUCGCAAGAGCGGGAGGAUAUCUCCGGUGAUGACGUUGAAUCAGCCUAACGAACGGCUCGUCGCCGUUAAUAGAAGUUCGAUGAUGAUGAUGCAAAAGGGAAACCUACCGAAUAAAACGACGCAGUUUAAGAGUACUGAUACAAUCAGUUAUUACCGGUCCGGUUCGGUACGGCAAUUGAAAAGAUAUGCGUCUGGGAAAGCUAGGAAGCUUGCGGCUCGGUCGAUUAAAAGACUCUCAACAAUCCACGAAGAAAACAUUUUUUAGUUCUCUAAGAAUACCUUUUUUUUUUUGUUACGGAAAUUAUUGUUAUGUUAAAUGUUUGAAAUUUUUUUACAAAAAAAAAAAGAAAAUGUUUGAAAUUUAAAAAAAAAAACUCUCUGUAAAUUACAGUGUUCACUUUAUUUCUGUGAUAUUAUAUUUUCCCGUUUUGUUAUGUCAUGUAUAAUAAUAUAUGCGCACUAGCUUAUAAGCUAUAAAUCAAGUACGUAUCAAACAUUCACACUGUGGGACUUUCAUGAAGAUACAACAUGCAUAUAUUUAAACAUACUUUGAGUUAAUUAACUUUAUUGUUCGUAUCUUCAAAAUGAUAUGAACUAGUGUAAAGUUUGUUCAAUGAUAUUUACUCUUCCUUGGUCAAAAUUUGAUAAAUGCAUAUUAUAUUAUACACACUGGUAUUUCGGAUACUGUUAGUUUAAUUUUUCAAAAUUUUGAAAAUAUAGUUGCUUUGGUUAUAGUCAAUUUAAAUGGUUCGUACUUGAUCAGUAAUUUUUCUGAAUAUGUAAGAUAUGAUUAGAUUCUGCCGAACAUUUGAUAAGUUUGGUCCGUAGCCCACCAGUCAUCAGUCUCACCGGUUUGAUGUUUGAUUCUAUGUUUAAAGCAGUAUAGACAAAAAAAAACUAUUUAUUUAUUUGAGGGAUGAAAUAUGGUAAGUCCAGUCUCCUCUUUAGCAUAGUCCUUGAAAAUUACUAGACAUGGAACUAUAGAGAAAAAAUCAGUUGCAAAAAAAAAAAAAAAAAAAAAACUAUAGAGAAA